AUGGGCGCCUAUCUCUAUGGGCGCCUAUCUCUAUGGGCGCCUAUCUCUAUGGGCGCCUAUCUCUAUGGGCGCAUAUCUCUAUGGGCGCCUAUCUCUAUGGGCGCCUAUCUCUAUGGGCGCCUAUCUCUAUGGGCGCCUAUCUCUAUGGGCGCCUAUCUCUAUGGGCGCCUAUCUCUAGGGGUGCCUAUCUCUAUGGGCGCCUAUCUCUAUGGGCGCUUAUCUCUAGGAGCGCCUAUCUUUAGGGGCGCAUAUCUCUAUGGGCGCCAAUCUCUAAGGGCACCUAUCUCUAUGGGCGCCUAUCUCUAUGGGCGCCUAUUUCUAGGGGCGGCUAUCUCUAUGGGCGUCUAUCUCAAGGGGCGCCUAUCUCUAGGGGUGCCUAUCUCUAUGGGCGCCUAUCUCUAUGGGCGCCUAUCUCUAUGGGCGCCUAUCUCUAUGGGCACCUCUCUUUAG